GGGGAUGGCUGCUCGAGUUCUGUUAAAUCUGUUUCUCUGAUUUUCCAGUUUUACUUCUCGAGACGGAAAAACCCGAAAAAUCUUUCUGUUCCAUUUAUCAGCUCUCUUCUGUUAGAAAUUAGAAUCAGCGCCGGGCGAGGUGUCAGAUCAGUUGUUAUCGUGGUUCCUAAAAGCUACUGGCAAGCAUGCAGGCUUCAAGGGCAAGGUUGUUCAAGGAAUACAAAGAGGUGCAAAGGGAGAAAUCGGCCGAUCCGGAUAUCCAAUUGGUUUGUGAUGAUUCCAACAUUUUCAAAUGGACUGCUCUGAUAAAGGGGCCUUCAGAGACUCCGUUUGAUGGUGGAGUCUUCCAGCUUGCCUUCGCCGUGCCGGAGCAGUAUCCCUUGCAGCCUCCUCAAGUUCGUUUCUUGACAAAAAUAUUCCACCCAAAUGUGCAUUUCAAGACUGGGGAGAUAUGUCUGGACAUAUUGAAGAAUGCGUGGAGUCCAGCAUGGACGCUUCAAUCGGUUUGUAGGGCUAUAAUUGCUCUUAUGGCUCACCCAGAGCCUGAUAGCCCUCUGAACUGUGAUUCAGGCAAGAAACCUUCUGCGCUCUGGCGAUGUAAGAGGUUAUCAGUCCAUGGCCAGAAUGUACACAAGGCUCGCAGCUUCACCAAAGAAAGGCUGAAACUACAAAAGACCGUUAUUGUAUGCUCUGUUUGUUUACUACUAUAAUUCUUGAUAUGGUUAAUCAUUUGGUUUUCUGGAC